UAUUCACGUGACUCACAAGAUGGCUGCGCCCUGUUAAUUUCGGCGGUACAUCAUCUAAAUAUGAUGAUUACAAAAUUGUCGAAAUAUGAACGACAAGGAGUAUGCACCACUUAGUCCCCAGUGUAUUCGAAACUUAAAUGAUAAGUUGUACGAAAAAAGAAAAACAGGAGCCUUGGAAGUCGAGCGGUUAGUCAGAGAAUUUGUGAUAUCAGAUGACCCUGCCAAGAUCAGAAGGAUUCUGAAGAUCCUUGGAGAGGAUUUUGCUCUGUCAAAUCAUUCCAAUGCCAGGAAAGGUGGAUCCAUUGGGCUGGCAGCCACGGCAAUAGGACUGGGAAAGGAGUCUCAGCAUUAUGUGAAAGAACUUGUCCAUCCUGUACUGGCCUCAUUCCAUGAUGCUGACAGUCGAGUUCGUUACUACGCAUGUGAAGCGCUCUACAACAUUGUCAAAGUCUGUCGAGGGUUUGUGCUGCCAUACUUCAAUGAGAUCUUUGAUGGAAUCAGUAAGCUAACAUCCGACACUGACCAGAAUGUGAAGAAUGGAACCGAAUUACUGGACAGAUUGAUUAAGGAUAUUGUGACAGAGAGUCCCUCCUUUGAUUUGAUGGCUUUUAUGCCCCUCCUCAGGGACAGAAUCUAUGCAAAAAAUCAUGAGGCGCGACAGUUCAUCGUCUCAUGGAUAGCAAUACUUGAUGCAGUACCAGAUAUUAAUAUGACGGUGCUGCUGCCAGAAUUCCUGGAUGGAUUAUUUAAUGUACUGGGGGAUUCCAGUCCUGAGAUUCGCAAAAUGUGUCAGGAUCUCCUAGCAGAAUUUCUGGCUGGAAUAAAAAACAGUAAUGCUGGGGUUAAAUUUGAAGGCAUGGCCAAUAUCCUUAUUGUGCACUGCAACAGCGAUGAUGAUCUGAUUCAGUUUACAGCUAUGACCUGGUUACGGGAGUUCAUAGGUCAAGCCGGUCGCACCAUGAUUCAAUACACACCGGGAAUUAUUAACGCUGUCCUGCCCAAUCUACAGAGUGCAUCAGACAAACAGAGAAAUGUUGCGGAGGCAGCUAAAGUCCUUAAUGAUGCCCUGAAGGAUCUCGUCUCGGACAUCGAUGACAUGCCCUCAUCAGAAGAGGUCAAAGAUCAAGUGUCAGGAGAACUAAGGGAGGGAACAAUUAACAACCUCGCAAGUUCCAGCCAGCUGGAUGUGAAGGGAGUGAUAUCUGUUCUCUGUCAGAUCCUGGAGGGUGGAAACUUCGGGACGAAGAUCGCAGCACUGGAGUGGUUAAGUCACAUGCUGACUAAAGUCCCCAAGCGGACAUUUCAAUAUGUGGACACAUUCUUCCCGGUACUGUUACAGACACUGUCUGAUGAGUCAGAAGAGGUUGUGCUCCUGGAUCUUGAGGCUUUGGCUGAAAUAUCCUCCAAUCCUGCUGGACACCAUAACAAGCCGGCCUCUGCCCCCAGUCCCAACAAAUCUGGUUCCUCCUCCAGUCCCAGUAAGUCCAAGCCCGCCGAUCACCCCGAGAACUGUACCGGACUGAAUGAAUAUUUCUCCAAGUUCAUGGCUUGUCUGGUGGAACUGUUUAAGAAAGACCAGCAGUUGUUGGAGCCUGAUGAGCGUGGCUACUUUAUUAUCAGACAGUUGUGCCAGCUCCUGACCGCAGAGGACAUCUUUAAGUCGCUCUCUCACAUUAUUGUGAAUGAACCUGAUGUGUGGUUUGCCUGUAAGAUUGUUCAGACUCUGAACACCAUUCUGUUGACCUCCACUGAGCUGUUUGAACUUCGAACACAGCUUAAAAACCUUGACACUCAGGGAAGCUGUGCUCUGUUUUGUUGCCUGUAUAAGUCCUGGUGCCACAGUCCAAUAGCAACCAUAUCACUGUGUUAUCUGACCCAAAACUAUCACCAUGCCAGCGACCUUCUGCUGACCUUCGGGGACUUAGAAAUCACUGUAGACUUCCUGAAGGAAAUAGACAAACUUGUACAGCUGAUUGAAUCUCCCAUCUUUGCUUAUUUACGCCUACAGUUACUGGAUGUCCAGCAAAAUCAGGACCUGAUCCGCAGUCUGUAUGGCCUUCUGAUGCUCCUCCCCCAGUCCGAGGCGUUCAAACUCCUCCGAUACCGACUGGACUGUAUUCCACAGUACCAGCUGAUGACCAUGAAGGAAAAGUCCCAGUCCUCAAAGGAUCCAAGACCACUAGUAUCAAAGAUCAACUUCAAGGAACUUCAUCAGCAUUUCCUGCAGGUCCAAGCUAGACACAGAGCAGCCCGCAGCCAGAAAGUCAAAGCAUCUAUCAGGGCAUAACAUGAAAAUGUGAAAAAAGCUCUAAAACAGCACAGUAGGGGCCGGGGCUGAUAGGAAACAACUGUCAUGAAUUCCAAGAGGGCUUCUGUCUAUUUAUCUGACCUCUUACAUGUAUACAAAAGUAUUGUUGCAUGUAGUUGGUAUCAGUUUCAAAACUGAUGUUGGAUGGAAAUUGUGCUCUGUUCACACCAACAUCUUUAUGGAUGAUAUCGAUAUCUAUAUGGUGCACAUGCAUUAGAUACCAGUUGGGAAUUCAUUGCAUGCAAUUAAAAUUUUGGAUUUUGUUUAUUAAAUGAAAUUGUUGAGAGGUAACACAAGACUAGUGUUAUGUAAGAAUGUGCAAAAUCAGUAAAUGUGCAAAGUCAGUGUGUACAAAUGUAUAAAAUCAGUGUGUACAAAUGUAUAAAAUCAGUGUGUACAAAUGUUUAAAAUCAGUGUGUACAAAUGUAUAAAGUCAGUGUGUACAAAUGUCUAAAAUCAGUGUGUAAAAAUGUGCAUUUGUUGAGAGAUAAAAAAUGAAACUGUGCAAUAUUUUAUUGUGAAGGAGUUUGACGUCGAGAGUGUGCUGCAUGUUAUGCAGAUAUCUAUAGUGGACGUUAAAUUUAUAUCAAGCACCACCGUCAAUUCUCAAUGUGUAGAUUACAUGUAGUUUCAAUUUUUUGCUUUGUUUCAAUGAACUUUAUGCUUUAUUUCUAAAGGGUACUUCAAACACUCAUAAAUAAUAAGAAAUUAAGAAGUUCUGUAUGAUUUCACAAAAGGUCGAAUAAAUUAAGCUUUUCUAAUUUCUUGUGAUAUUAGUAUUAUUUGCAUGUUAUACAUGUACAUUUAUAUUGGUUUUGUCAGUUUUGUUUUGGAUGGUCAGAGGGAGUCCUUUUUGAUAUGAAACUGAUUUGUUUGAAGUCAUUCCGACACGAGAGAUGGAGCUUUCUCUCCGACAUAAACUGUCUAAAAUCACAUUUGUUACAUAUACUUUUGUUAUGAAGUUUUCUCCAUUUUAUCUUCGAUCUAGAAAUUAAACUUAUUUCAACAUAA